CGCCUUCGCUCCUCUUUCCCGCAAGCUGAUUUAAGGAAACGCCCUCGCUCCGCCUGGCCGCCAUGAUGAAUGUUUCCGCGAAUGACGACGCCCGGCCCUCGCAUGCAUGACACUUUGACAACCUUUUCGAGUCUCUCCAAGACGCCGAAUUAAGGUUUCCUCAUACCCGCCAAGACGAAGAGCCCCGUCGCUAAACAAAAGAAUAAAUAUUCUCCUGAGAAGCGCGUCGAGGCUUGUUGAGGCUUGAAAGAUGUGUAGACAGGCAUUUCCGAAGCGAUCAUGGGCAUUGAGAGCGAGGAAUAUAAUACUGCCAUGUCCUUGUGUUAAGUUACUCUUUUCCUUUUCUCAUCGCUCUUGCAGUUUACUCUCUGCAGUCUUUCGUUAAGCCGAGGCAAGCUUUGUCUCAUCCAUUCGUUAUCAUCCUAAUACGCAAAUAAAACUAUCUUUAAUACUAAUUCUACUACAAUAAUGGCCGCCUGCCGAUUUGGGUCUCCGGACCUGGUGACUUCCAUUACUGGAACCGCUGCAACACCAACGUUUGCUUUCGAUGCUACUAACUCCAAUUACUUUGGGUUGGUCGGUAGUUUCACUUCCACUAACAACGGGGCCACCUGCUCGUUCCCUACUCGUUCUGUGGGGGGUGGGAGGACGUCGACCUAUGCCAUCACCCCAAUCAUCGUUACGACCAGUAACUUUAUCGGAAAGACAACAACCUGUGACCUGCUUGCUCCCCCAUCGAUCAUCUCUGCAUCUGGUGCCUCCACUACCUAUUCCGGCAUCAACUGCCCUAGCGUAACCGACAACAAAUUUGCGCCCGGAACCUAUACUCUUCGGUUCUCCCAGCCCAAUGUCAAUGGCGUUCCAGAUAUUACCUCGAGGGUAUUCAUUGUGGCCUCGCCGACAUUUGUUACCGACCACAUCACCGCGACUGUGAUCCAAACAGCUAGUGCUGCCGCCAUCCCGUCAUCAACCACCACGGUCACCUCGUACUCCUCAACUGUCACCGAAACUCCCACCCCUGGCGCCGAUCAGACUGUGACUGUGACCGCUUGGAACUCCGGCGUCGCUACUACAACUGUUACCGAUAUUGUCCAGUCUUGCUCCCCAAGCAACAUCCCGACUUCUUCAGAUACACAAAUUUCGUCUUCAAGCUCGGCCGAUGUUCCAUCUUCUACCCCAGCAAGCUCAAGCGACAGUUCAUCUUCCAUCCCUGCAAGCUCGAGCGAUAUUCCAUCUUCUACUCCCGCUAGCUCCAGUGAUAUUCCAUCUUCCACCCCCGCAAGCUCCAGUGAUAUUCCGUCUUCCACUCCUGCAAGCUCAACUGAUGCAACGCCAACGUCCACCUCCUCUUUUGUCAGCAGCACACCAACGCCUAGCCUUGUAAUCUCUCCCAAUGGCGAAUGUGGCGCUGCAUCAGGACAGACUUGUCUCGGCUCAACCUUCGGUAACUGCUGCUCAGCCUAUGGAUAUUGUGGAGCCACAGAUAUAUACUGCCAAGCGGCCGAAGGCUGCCAAGCCGGCUUCGGAGACUGCAUCCAACCGUCACCAGUCUCCAGCAGCGCGCUCCCAACCUCCACCGUCAAGGUCUCGACCGAUGGUCAAUGCGGUGGCGCGAACGGUGUCUGCACGGGCAGCGGAUUCGGAGACUGCUGCUCUCCUUAUGGAUGGUGCGGAUCAUCUCCGGAUCAUUGUGGUGCCGGCUGCCAGGGCCUUUUCGGCACAUGUAACUCCUCUCCCAGCACUCUCGCAACAGUUACUGGAACUGCGCCUCAGCCUACUUCGACGCAAAAGGUCUCUCUUGAUGGAUCAUGUGGCGGGACUGGAGGACAGACUUGUCUUGGAAGCGUCUUUGGCGACUGCUGCUCGGAGUAUGGAUAUUGCGGUAACACGGCUUUGUACUGCUCCACUGGCUGUCAAUCGGCCUUUGGAACCUGCACCACUCCUGCAAAACGGUCCGCUCAGAAGCCUGCAAAGCGUGCCAUUCUUGGCGUAGGACCGGACUACACUUAUCCCCCCAUCCCGCACAAGACUGUCACCGAUGGUGUUACCCAGGCUGUGACUGUGACCCCUACCUCGGGUGUGAAGACGACAACUGUUUUUGAGAUCACGACAACGACCCUGCCGGCUGUGUCGGGCAGCAUUGUGACUGUGACGGAGAGUGCUGGUAUUACGUACACGUCGACGGAGACGGUCCAUGCCACAAGCACUGUUUGCGUUGCACCGAUCCGAAGGCACUAGGGGAGAAAAUGAUGUUAAGUUUUAGGAGAGGAACGAGGGAAACAACGAGAAAGCGUAAUGAAAAUAGUGGGUCUACAGCAUGACCAUGAGUAAUUCACCCAGGCAAUAUGUUUGUCGAAGAUUGUGUCAUGGGGCACGUACUUAUAUCAUUAAUUGUCCUUGAUUAUUUGAAGAUGUACAGGACUGGGACAAAGGCCUGUUAACCUGAACCGUGAGCCCCCGCCAAAAUCGCAUCGCGUAACAUUACCCACCUACUCUGAAACCCUACCAUUUAACCAUGCAACGCUCUUUUAACUAG